AUGGAGAAGAAAAUUUAUCUGUGCGAUGUCUUCGACAAGGCGUUCAGCCAAAAUAGCAAUUUUACGAUACAUCGACGCACACACACUGGAGAAAAACCGUACGUAUGUGAUAUAUGCGACAAGUCGUUCUCUGUAAGUGGAACUUUGGUAGCACAUAAGCGGACGCACAAUGGAGAAAAACCAUACACGUGCGAUGUAUGCGACAAGUCGUUCAGUCAAAGUACCAGUUUGACAACACAUCGACGCGAGCACACUGGAGAAAAACCGUACUCGUGCGAUGUAUGCGACAAGUCGUUCUCUGUAAGUGGAAGUUUGAUAGCACAUACGCGGACGCACACUGGAGAUAAACCGUACACGUGCAAUGUAUGCGACAUGUCGUUCUCUGAAAGUGGUCAUUUGACAAGAUACAAGCGUACGCACAUGACACACUAA